CACAGGAUGAGUUUUAAGUUUAAACCUUUCCAGUGAUGCCUAAUUUAUGACGAAACUGCAAAAGUAUUGAUGAAGUGAAAAGAAAAUGCUGAAACAUGCAAACAGUAAUUUUAAUGUGGUGUCUAAGAGCUUUAUGUCGUCUUGUUGUUUGUUCAGAGAGGCACACCUUCAUCACACUUUACACUGAAAUAAACGGACAGACGGUUGCAGGAAUCCCAGAUAUUUCUGCUGUAACUACACUGGAUGGACAGCAGAUUGAUUAUUAUGACAGUGAGAUAAAGAAGCUGAUUCCCAAACAGGACUGGAUGAAGGAGUUUGCAUCUGAAGACAGAUUUAAAGAAUACACUGAGUUCAGAGAACGAGUGCAGCAGACCAACAAAAUCAACAUUCGUUUUAUAAUGGAGCAAUUCAAUCAGUCACAUGGUGUUCAUGUGUAUCAGAGGAUGUAUGGAUGUGAUUGGGAUGAUGAGACUGGAGAAUCACGUGGGUUUGAUCAGCACGGUUAUGAUGGACAGGAUUUCAUCUUUCUAGACCUGAAGGAGCUCAGAUACAUCACACCUGUACUGCAGGGAAUAAUCACAGCGCAGAAGUGGAACAAGAACAGAGAACAACUUGAAUUACUGAAACAAUACUACGAAUACGAAUGUGUUGAGUGGUUAAAAUAUUUCUUGACAUUAAGGAAAGCGGGUUUAGAGAAAAGAGCUCCUGUAGUGUCUCUGUUACAGAGGAGUUCCUCCUCUCCAGUGGAGUGUCAUGCAACAGGUUUUUACCCAUCAGCAGUGACUAUCACCUGGUUAAGAAAAAGAGAAGAUCAUGAUGAGGAUGUGGAUCUUGGACAGUUACUACCAAAUGAGGAUGGGACCUUCCAGAAGACAUCUAUCCUCAAUAUUCAUCCAGACGAGUGGAAGAAGCACCAGUAUGUUUGUGUGGUGGAGCACGAGGGAAAGACCAUCCAGAAGAUUCUGAGAGAGAACGAGAUCAAGAGUAACAACAAGAGGCACACCUUCAUCACACUUUACACUGAAAUACAUGGACAGACGGUUGCAGGAUUCCCAGAUAUUUCUGCUGUAACUGCACUGGAUGGACAACAGAUUGAUUAUUAUGACAGUGAGAUAAAGAAGCUGAUUCCCAAACAGGACUGGAUGAAGGAGUUUGCAUCUGAAGACAGAUUUAAAGAAUACACUGAGUUCAGAGAACGAGUGCAGCAGACCAACAAAAUCAACAUUCGUUUUAUAAUGGAGCAAUUCAAUCAGUCACAUGGUGUUCACGUGUAUCAGAGGAUGUAUGGAUGUGAGUGGGAUGAUGAGACUGGAGAAUCACGUGGGUUUGAUCAGCACGGUUAUGAUGGACAGGAUUUCAUCUUUCUAGACCUGAAGGAGCUCAGAUACAUCACACCUGUACUGCAGGGAAUAAUCACAGCGCAGAAGUGGAACAAGGACAGAGAACAACUUGAAUUACUGAAACAAUACUACGAACAAGACUGCGUUGACUGGAUAAAAUAUUUCUUGAUGUUAGGGAAAGCGGCUUUAGUGAAAAGAGAGGAAGUGUCUCCUCUAGUGUCUCUGUUACAGAAGGAUUCCUCCUCUCCAGUGGAGUGUCAUGCCACAGGUUUUUACCCAUCAGCAGUGACUAUCACCUGGUUAAGAAAUGGACAGCAGCACGAUGAGGAUGUGGAUCUUGGAGAGACACUAAUAAAUGAGGAUGGGACCUUCCAGAAGACAUCUACCCUCAAUAUUUAUCUAGACGACUGGAAGAAGCACCGGUAUGUUUGUGUGGUGGAGCACGAGGGAAAGACCAUCCAGAAGACUGAGGAGGAGAUCAUUAGUAACAAAAACAACUGGAAGAUGAACCAGUAUUUUUGUGUGGAGGAGCACAAGGCAAAGACCACCCAGAAGAUUCGUGAUCAAGAUUAACGAAGAAACCAAAGUGUGAGCAGAAAAUCUGUCAAAAUCAAAAGCUGACCUGCAGUGACAAAAAUCUUUGAAGAGUUUCCUCCAAUCAUCUGCUAUUUUCCCAGAUUUCAGUAUAACUGGGAAUCUUUCCAGCACACGUGUGUGACCAAAACAUGUUUUGGUUUGUUUUUAAA